AUGGACAUCCGCUCCUUCUUCCAGAAAAAGCCUCCGAGCAGCAGUAACGGCGCCGGCAGCAAGAAGGCGACCACCCCGGCCAAGCCAGCCAAGCGUGCGGAGCCCGAGCCGACGCCUCCGUCGCGUCCUGCAGCCCGACGCGCCGCCAAGCAGAACGUGGUGGUGCUGGACGGCAGCGACGAGGAUGAAGAAGAAGUCGCCAGCAGCAGCAAGCGCAAGGCUCCGGCCAAGAAGAAGGCGCAGCGCGUGGACUCCGACUCGGACCUUGAGAUGGAGGAGGACGAGGAGCAGGUGAAGCCCAAGAAGGAGCCAGCCAAGCUCAAGAGACUGCGACGCGCGGCCAAGGACGACAGUGACGAGGACGAGGAGAUGCCCGAGGUCAAGUCGAAGGUCAAGAAGGAGGUCAAGCCGACGGUUAAGACCGAAGUCAAGACCGAGAUCAAGACGGAGGUCGGCAGGGCCUCGACUGCGUCCGCUGACGAUGAAUUGGAGGGCUUUGUGAAGCAGGAGGGCGCGCUGAAGAAGGUGCCGGCGCCGUGCUCGGGCUGUCUAGACGGCAAGACGUUCGUGUUCUCGGGCGUGCUGGAGAAUCUGUCGCGGGACGACGCGGUGCACCUGGUCAAAUGCUGCGGCGGGUCGGUGGCCAACAGCGUCACGCGCGCGACCAAGUACUUGGUGAUCGGCGCCACGCUGGAGCAGGGCGGCAAGAUCACGGACGGAUCCAAGUACAAGGAGGCGGUGGCCAAGAACGUCCGCAUCCUGACCCAGAACGAGUUCUACAACUUGAUCACGGAGGCUGCAGCCGCGCAGCAGGCGCAGGACCUGGCAGACGAGAAGGCGAAGAUCAAGGCGGAAAUUGCAGGAGCCAAGACCGCAUCGUCCAAGGGCAAGCAGAAGCUCAACACGUCAGUGAAUGAUGAGCUGUGGACGGACAAGUACAAGCCGCAGACACUGGACCACAUGAUCGGCAACAUUGAGCUGGGCAGGAAACUGAAGACGUGGCUGCUGGACUGGGAGGCCAUGCACGUCAAAGGCACCAAGAAGAUCCCAUUCUCGACAAAACUGUCGGAAAAUCGUGGAGCCAAGACGGUGUUGCUGUCGGGACCUCCUGGUAUCGGUAAGACCACCAUUGCGAACCUAGUUGCGCGCGAGUGCGGCUUUGAGUGCACCGAGCUGAACGCAAGCGACACCCGCAGCAAGAAAAUGCUGCAGACUGGGCUCAAGGACGUGCUGGGCACACAGGCGCUCCAGUUUGGCGUACCUAGUGGGAAGUCGAAGGAGAAGAUGCACCUCGCUCGUCGUGUGAUCAUCAUGGACGAGGUCGACGGUAUGUCCGGCGGUGACCGCGGUGGUACGGCGGAGCUUAUUCAGCUCAUCAAAAAGUCGAAGACUCCAAUCAUUUGCAUUUGCAAUGACCGCCAGAGCCAAAAGGUGCGGUCGCUGGCAAACCACUCGUUCGACUUGCGCAUGCGUCGCCCCACGAAGAUUCAAAUCGGCAAGCGGCUGAUGGAGAUCGGCCUGAAGGAAGGACUGCACAUCGAGAAGAACGCGAUCGAAGAGGCCGCUGACCGAUGCGGCAACGACAUUCGUCAGCUGCUCACGCAGAUGCAGCGAUGGCGGCUAACCACCACCAAAAUCACCUAUGCAGACAUGGUGAACCCGUCUUCUCAGCACAACAAGGAUGAGAGUUUGCGGCUGAACCCCUUCAGUGCAACUCAACAGAUUUUCCAGCGUGAGCUCUCUUUCGAGGCUAGGAACGAGGCUUAUUUCGUCGACUACGACUUGAUGCCUCUGAUGAUCCAAGAAAACUACAUUCAGAGCAUCAUGAACAACCGGACGUCGUCGGACGAGAACCUCGAGGCGGCGAUGCACGCCUCUGAGUUCAUUUCGGAGAGCGACUUGUUGAACACGUAUGUUCGGAUGGAGCAGCGGUGGGACUUGCUCACAAAACAGGCUGCGAUGAACGUCGGUGCCUGUGUGUACUCGGCCGGCUUCAUUGGUCAUCCUGAGUUUUCCAAGUGGUUGGGAAAGAACUCGUCGGCUUCCAAGUCCAAGCGGUUGCUAAGUGAGCUAUCCGUCCGAAUGCGGUCACACGCGUCGGGCUCCCGAGAAGUCAUUCGCCUCGACUACGUGCCGUACAUGAAGGAGAUUCUGCUUAAGAAGCUGUUGUCAGGGGAGGAUGUACGUUCAGCUCGCUUUGUGCUGCAAAGCAAAUCGGCUGAAUCUAAUGGGUUGCUCUAUCAACAGAACAUUCAGGAGGUGAUCGAGCUGCUCGAUGAGUGCGAGAUCACCCGCGAAGAUUUAACCGAGUCCAUGGAAAGCUUCAAGUUCCCUGGCGUGAAGCGCCACUCCUACUCAGAGCUCGACACCAAGGCGAAAACGGCCUUCACGCGAAUGUACAACAAGGCGUCGCACAAGUCGCAGGCGGUGGUGGAGUCCGUGCUGGGUUCCACGACAAUCAAGAAGGGGCGAGGAAAGGCCGCCGUCAAGGACGAGGAUGACGGUCUGCCUCCGCCGUCCGAUGCCGAGAGCGAGCACGAGGAGGAGGACCUGGAUGUCAGCAAGUUCCAGAAGAAAGCCCGCGGCGGCGCAAAGCGCAAGGCUCCAGCAGCUGCGGCCAAGAAGGCGCCCCGCAAGGCGCCGGCGAAGAAGCGCCGCACCUAG